AUGAGCGCCAUGUCGCCGUUUUAUGGUCGGACGUACCCGACGCGGACAACCCCGCUCAUGUGGGAAGCGACACAGACCCUGCAGAGCUCUCUGGUUGAUCAGAGCAGCGACAUGCGCCGCUCGCUGGACCUCGUCAUGUCGCUGCACGAGGUAUUGGAGAGAAAUCGAGAGAUUUACAACAACAUCAUCGCUGAGCGCAACGAGGCCUACCGCCGUCUGCAGGACGCAGACGCGAAACUGCAGCAGGUCGAGCACGUCGUCCGCCGCUACGCCGAGGUGAAGGAUCCGGUAGUGGCCAGUGACGGCUACACGUACGAGCGCACGGAGCUCAGCCGCUACCUUAGCGACUGCAAGAAGUCGAACAGCAAGGCGUACUCGCAGCAGACUAAGGAGGAGCUGACAGACGUGAUGGUAGACAACGUUUCGCUGCGCCGGCUGGCAGAGCUGCUGAAGGGCGUGCACUCGGUGGAGGUGCCGCAGCUGUCGAGCCGCCCGCCGCUAGCGGCGGGCGGUGUUAUCGACGUUAAUGGCCCUCGCUCUCACUGGCCCGAGGAGGAUCCGUCAAUGAGCGGCGCGGAUCACACUGAGAUGGGUCCCGGUCCCGUCGGCCUCGCGGGCGGCGCCGGUGGUCGUGGAGGGAAUGGCAUGGCAGUGGGUCUCGGUCACGCCGGCCUCCGCUAUGAUCGGAGCGGAGGUGCCAAGUACGGCAAGCCGAGCAACGGCAACGAGGGCAAGGGUGGGCUGCAUCCGUGCCUGCGCGUGUAUGGUUUCUGCAACUUCGAGGACGACUGCACGUUUGCCAACUACCCCUAUGAGGCGUGCCUGAACCAUAUCAAGGGCAAGUGCCGCUUCGGGUCCACCUGCAAGGAACUGCACGUUGAUCCGCGCGACCCCGUCUACCAGAACACGCGCAGCUUUGCCAACCAUCACCACCAGGGCGGCAACAACGCGAACACCAACCACAUCCACAACAACGCCGCGACCGGUGCAAACAACGCGAACAGCAGCCAGGCAACGGAUGUUGGCACGGAGGCAUCGAGGCAGAGCGGGAGCAAGAUGCCGGAGUCUGUAGUGGAAAGGGAGGCGGAGACGGCGGCGGCCAAGAAAGACGGCAAGUUGAGGGAAACCGGGGAGUCCGCUUCUGCUGAGGGUGCAGAUGCCGCCAAGGCCAAGGACCAGUAA